AUGGAGAAUAUGGGAAAUGUUGAACCUUUCAGUAAACCUGUUGAGGAAUCUGAACUUAUGUUAAUGAAUAAGAUCAAGAUGCAGUUUAAGAAAUCAUCCUCAGAUGGUGGCACUAGACACAGUGCUUUUUCGCCUGGUGCAACUGUUCAUGUUCUCUCUGGGCCUUUUGAAGACUUCACUGGUUCCAUCCUGGAAGUGAAUCGCAAAAACAAGAAGGGGUUACUGAAAUGCAAGUUUAUAAACAAUGAGGAUGCUGAAGUUGAGAAUACUCACUGA